AUGACCGAUCACGAAGAAGAUCUCGUUGCCUCCCAGACCGAGGGUUUCAAGGUCGGAGAGAAGAAGACCAUUGAAGAGUACCAGAACCUUGACAAGAACGACGAGUCUCUCAACCGCUGGAAGGCCUCUUUGGGUCUGGCCACUGGAACUCCCAUUGGCGACCCCAACGACCCCAGAAAGUGCAUCAUCAAGUCCCUUGCCCUGGAGGUGGAAGGACGCCCCGAUGUUGUGAUUGACCUGUCUACUCCCAAUGCGCUCGACACCCUCAAGGACAAGCCCUUCAAAAUCAAGGAGGGUGCCGUCUUCCACAUCAAGGUCGUCUUCCAGGUGCACCAUGAGGUUCUGAGCGGUCUCAAGUACCUUCAGGUAGUGAAGCGCAAGGGUAUCAGAGUUAGCAAGGACGAGGAGAUGCUGGGAAGCUACGCCCCCAGCACCACCGACAAGCCCUUCUACGAGAAGAAAUUUAACGCCGAGGAAGCCCCUUCGGGCAUGAUCUCCCGUGGCCACUACAACACUGUAUCCAAGUUCGUCGACGACGACAACCACACCCACCUCCACUUCGAGUGGUCCUUCGACAUCGCCAAGGACUGGUAG